AUAUUGCGUAUUGGUGACGUUCAAAAUGGCGGCGCUGGCGUCCUUGAUGCUCAAGUCCAGAGCAGGUCUGCUGGUUUCCAGUCAGAACUGUCUGCUGGACUCUUUGAGGUUUGCUUCUAAGAAGGCCGGAGGCAGCAGCAAAAACCUCGGAGGGAAGAGCCCUGGUCGGAGGUUUGGUUUUAAGAAAUUGGACGGUGAGUUUGUCCAUGCUGGGAACAUCCUUGCAACACAGAGGAAGAUGAGGUAUCACCCCGGAGCACAUGUUGGCAUGGGAACCAACAAUACCCUAUUUGCACUGGAGGACGGCUUGGUCAGGUUCACCAAAGAGGUCUACAUCCCCCCUCCCCGAACCGCUGAGGUCACCAGAGUCAUCACCAAGCUGCCCAAAGGAGCCGUGCUCUACAAGACCUUCAUCAACGUGCUGCCAGUGAAACAGGAGGGGAAAUUUAAACUGGUAGACCUGGUCUGAAGAGUGGGAGCUCAGUGACGACUCAUUCACAGAACAAUAACAGGAAGUCAAUGGACUGGAUAGACUCUGAUUGGCUGUCUGUUUCUGGUUAUACUGACCGUCCCGCUCUGACUUCCUCUGGAACUGAACAGAA